UAUGAUGUAUCCUGGAACCCCAACUCUUCAGAGUUUUGCGUGGUUUAUGGUUUCAUGCCCGCCAAGGCGACUGUCUUUAACCACAAGUGUGAGUCUGUGUUCGACUUCGGCACGGGUCCCCGAAACGUGGCUUUCUACAGCCCCCAGGGUCACAUCCUCGUCCUGGCCGGGUUCGGGAACCUGAGAGGGCAGAUGGAAGUUUGGGACGUGAAGAAAUACAAGCAGGUGUCGAAACCCCAGGCUGAAGACACCACACAUUUCUCCUGGUGUCCUGAUGGAGAACACAUAGUGACGUCGACCUGCUCCCCCAGGCUCAGGGUCAGCAAUGGCUUUAAGAUCUGGCAUUACACCGGGACUGUGUUGUUCAAGCAUGAAACCCCUUCAAAUAAAGAGCUGUGGGAAGUGUUAUGGCAGCCCUUCCCGACUGGAACGUUCCCGGAGAAGGAGGUGAAAUACCAGGCGUCGCCAAGUGAGCUCGGCAGCACUGAAGCCAAACCAGCGCAGGCGUAUCGUGCACCCGCUCUCCGCAACAAACCCCAGACCGCCAGCUCCAAACUACAUGAAGAGGAGCCGGCGCAGAACAUGAAACCUGGUGCUGCAGGAGAGAAGCAAAUGUCUAAAGCUGCUUUGAAAAAUCAGAAAAGACGAGAAGCGAAGAAAGCAGCUAAACAGGAAAACAAGUCGGAUGAAGCUCCGCCUCCAGCAGCAGACUCCGCCCCUGCCAGUCAUGUGACUUCUAGCUGUGGAGACCCUGAAACUGAUAAAAAGAUCAAGAAUUUAAAAAAGAAACUCAAAGCCAUUGAUGAACUGAAGGAGCAGCAGGCGGCCGGCAAAGUCAUGCAAAAAAACCAGCUUGAGAAGAUGCAGAAGGAGGCCCAGCUGUUGAAAGAGCUUGAAGACCUCGAAUUAGGAUUGUAAACUCACUCCACCAGUUUUUCACUUCGGUCAUCAGUUUUCCAACAUUGCUUCAUCAUACUGCUAUGAAUAUGUAUUGAGAUGGUUUUUUUCACAAACUACUCAUGGUCAAUAAAUAAGAGCCUGUUUUGCUUCUUUGAACAUGGCUAAUAUAACAAGGACUAAAUUGUCAAAAGCAAUAUUGCUAUGCAAUGUGACGUCCAGCACAAGAGAACAUCCGUGAAAUACGAAAUAAAACAAAUGUUGAAAUUCAAACUGCGUGACUUUUAUUAUGUCUGUUGGGGAGCCGGAAGUGCUCAUUUCUCCAGUGUGCAGCAACCAAAGCGGUCGCAGAUUUCAACACAAACGCAGCUGAAAUUGUUAACAAAUAAACUCAACGGGACGAGGCGAAACCAGCUGAUAUUUCAGGUUUGAUGAGAGCGUACCUUGUUAUACUGAGUUUCGUCCCUGUAGAGUGUUUUGUCGAGUGUGUAUUUGUGAUAUUUAGAUGAGCCGAUGACUGAGGCUUUUGGGGUUUAGCGGUUUAGUCGUUUCAGGGG